UCCAGCAGCUGUGGAGUGGGACCUCUGUGGCAUUACGCAGUACCAACGAGCAACAAUCGGCCAAAAUGUAAAGGAAAAGCAGCCUAACACCUCUUUCUGAAAGUAGGUGUGCAGUGGAAAAGUGUAGUAGUCUCAAAACGAGUGCGUAAAGUUGACGUUACGCAGCAGGGACGCGCAAUCUGUGCGUAAAAGUGAGUCAAAGUGGAUGAAACGUUUUCUCGGCUGCAAUGGAUGCGUCAGCGAGCCUUUGGGGCGUAAUAAAGAGCUGAAACUGUGAGGAACAAUUGUUUCGACCUUUACAGUCGGUGUCUGCCUUCCAAAGUUUUGCGACAGCGCAGCAGCGGAGCGGAGCGCGCAGCAGAUGCUGAGCAGUGACUAAGCCUUACGGCUGGGAAGCUAAUGAAUUGAAUUUGCCUGGACUACAGACUUUAUGUAAGAAGUAGGACACGCACAACGCCGCCCAACUAGUUAUUUCCGUCUUGCGUAGAGACGCUUCGUCGUCCAGCACAUUGUUGUAAUGACAGACGUCGACUCUGAACGUUCAAUUCUUCACAAAGUUGCAGCUGGCUGAUGCCACGACUCCAGCAGGAGUUAGUGGAAAGUUGUGUCGUUUACAUCCUUCUGUCUACCUCUUCACAACAUGGACGAGAGUGUUGAGUCUGCUGUGGCCGACAGCAGCUCGGACGGAGAGAGCAUCAACCUCAGCGUGCUCAACUGGGAGCAAGUGCAGCGGCUGGACACCAUCCUCACCGGAUCCAUCCCCAUCCACGGCCGGUGGAGCUUCCCCACUCUGGAGGUGAAGCCACGAGAUAUCGUCAAUGUGGUCCGGAGCCGCAUGGAGGAGAAGCGGAUACAUGUCCGGGAGGUGCGACUGAACGGCUCCGCCGCCAGCUACGUCCUGCACGAGGAUAGCGGUCUGGGAUGGAAAGAUCUGGACUUAAUAUUCUGCGCCGACUUGAAAGGAGAGAUGGAGUUUCAGAUAGUGAAAGAUAUCGUUCUGGACUCUCUUCUAGACUUCUUGCCAGAGGGAGUGAAUAAGGAAAAGAUCACACCAGUGACCUUAAAGGAGGCUUACGUGCAAAAGAUGGUGAAAGUGUGCAAUGACUCAGACCGCUGGAGUCUCAUCUCCCUCUCCAACAACCGCGGCAAGAACGUGGAGCUCAAGUUCGUGGACUCUCUCCGACGGCAGUUUGAGUUCAGCGUGGACUCCUUCCAGAUCCGCCUGGACUCGCUUCUACUCUUCUACGAGUGCUCGGAGCACCCCAUGGCUGCCACUUUCCACCCCACGAUUCUCGGGGAGAGCGUCUACGGCGACUUCCCCACCGCCCUCGAUCACCUGCGCAAGCGCCUCAUCUGCACCAGGAGCCCCGAGGAGAUCCGAGGCGGGGGUUUGCUGAAGUACUGCCACCUGCUGGUGCGGGGUUUCCGCGCAGCUUCCGACACUGAGAUGAAACUGCUGCAGCGCUACAUGUGCUCGCGCUUCUUCAUUGACUUCCCCGAUGUGAGCGAGCAGAGGCGGAAGCUGGAGUCCUACCUGCAGAACCACUUUGUGGACCUGGAGGACAGGAAGUAUGACUAUCUGGCCACGCUGUACGAGGUGGUGCAGGAGAGCACGGUGUGCCUGAUGGGCCAUGAAAGGCGUCAGACUCUCAGCCUCAUCUCCUCGCUGGCGUUGCGGGUCCUGGCCGAGCAGAACGCCAUCCCCAACGCCGCCAACGUCACCUGCUUCUACCAGCCAGCUCCUUAUGUCUCGGAUGGCAACUUCAGCAACUAUUACAUAGCGCAGGUUCAGCCCAUCUACCCCUUUCCUCCAUCCUUUCCCCAGUAUUACAUUCCUCCUCAGCACCAUCCUAUGUACGCCGCCUGGUUACCCUGUAACUAACCUCUGUGUGCAUUCACGGACUUUUGUGGAACCGGUGGAACCUCCUUGAAAGGGAUGAUUGCUGAUCGUUUUAUCUCUUUCUUGAGAUGGGAAAUUGAGGGAAAUGAGAGAAGGAAGAACACGAGGCAAAAUUAGACAGAUAAAAGAAGAGAAUAAGGAAUCAAGGGGAAAUGAGGGCAAUGAACCUGGAUCAGGGCAGUGGGCCAGAGAAAGGCUUUCCCCCGGGGUAGGGUGCCACAGCAGGAGGAGCUGAGCACACAGCGAGAGAUGCCAGUAAGGGAGGCUGACCCAUCACUUUAGGGUUCUCUCAUCGAAGAUCGAUUUGGUAGACCAUCGGGGUAUACGAUGAUAUUUUUCUUGUCUGUUGUGAGUUAUGGCUCAGAGGAACUCACAUUUAAAAUAAUGAACAUGUACGAGAUCCACAUCCUCUUUACAUGAGAAACCAUAACUAACUCACAUACAGCCGCUGAGAUUAGCGGAGGACACGCAUGACAUGCUGAAGAUGUCGAUUCAUGGUCAAUCACCGGCGAGCUUCUGACUUUGUGCACUGUGUUUGUAUGACACUCCUUUUCACAGACAAUGCAAAAUGAGGAAUUGGAUACCGUUUACAAAUCCAAAGAUCUACUUUGAUACUUAACUUUAUCUGAAUUCUGAGACAAAAAAAACAACAAAACAAUGCAUGCUUUAUUUCUGUACAGGAAUAAUUUUCUUUAAGUGCCUAGAUGAAGCCUAAAGGGAAGAGAUAUUUUUGUGAUUCUUUAUCUGUUGGGUCGUCCAAUUGAUGUUCGAGGUGAUAAUGAAUGUGCAGUAGAACAGAGAGUCGACCCAUGCCGAGUAAGGUCUCCGACACAGAGGCAGGUUUUAGACCAACUGAUUUUUUUGACCAUGUUUCGCUAAAGACUCUGCUCUUAUCUGCAGUCCCGCUCGACGAACACACAUCCUGAUUAUCAAAGAGGAAGUAGCAACAUAAUUUCAUCAUCAGUAAAGAGAGGGGGGGGGAGGUGGAGGUUGGAUUAAAAAUGCUUACGAGAGAAAAAUAGAUGGGGAUUUUGAGAGAAAUGUACAGAGAAAGAAUUCGGUUUGGCAGCAACAGAGCAAACAAGAGAGAAUAAACUGCUCUUAUCUGCAGUUGUAUUGGAUUGCCAAAUAAGGUGGUCAAGAGCUCAGCUUAAAACGAAAAGCUAUUCAUCACAGAUAAUGUUAUCAUCUGUGGGCGAUGAAGAAAUGUAUUUGGAUAUGUGGAAGUUUUGCGCCUAAUGUAUUUCAAAAUGCAUCUUCGUCUCGUGUAGUCUAUUUCAAAAUGUUCUUGUGAAACUGUAAUGCAUAUGAACAGAUCUGACAUGUACAACUCACACUUACUUAAAGGUGCCCUGUGAAGUUUUCAUGUAAAAAAAACAAAAGUUAUGUUUACACUUAGUCUCACCGAAACGCAUUAUGGGUUUCUUUUAAUACUACAAAAGUGUUAAGUGCACUUUCUUCCUCUUGCAAAGCCGAUUUUUGGAAUGUUUUAAAUGUAGCAGGCUUCUUCUUCACUGCUUUUUAUGGCAGGAUGUGUAAUCCAUGAAAUAUUGUAAAAUUGAUGGGAGGAUAUAAAUCACCCUGCAUGCAUGGUUGCACAUAUUCAUGUACGUCAAAAUUAAUCUACUUGUUUGUUUGUUUUUAAAUCGCUCCAUAGCGCUACUAGUGGUCAAAAACUUUACAGGGCAACUUUAAGUUUCAAAAUAAAUAUUAAACAUUAAAAAAGCACCAAUGUGUUUUAAGUGCAUUCUGAAACAGGGACAACCAGUUUUCUCAAAUUACACUGGAAAGUUAUUAUUUUCUUCUUCUUAUCAAAUAUAUAAAAUGAUAAUUUUUCAACAUAAUUUGUACGCAGUUUAAACAUAUUUGGACAUGCUGUAUGCACUGUCAAGAUGUGUAUCAUUUACAUGUGUAAGAGAGAAAGAGAAAAGGGAUGUCUGCAAACAUCUGCAGGCCAAAACAAACUGCAUGUCUGUCGGUGGGCUGGAUGUUGGAGUAGAAGCAUACUACUGGCAGAGUCAGAGGCCCAGCAGAGGAGAAUGUUUUCAGAAAAUGUGCUGCAUGAAGCCUAAAAGGUUUCAACAAAAUGCAACAGUUUGGAAUGUGUAGAAAUUUGGGCUGCAGUAGCAGAUUGUAGCUGUUGAAAUGUCAUCUCUUUUUAACAUGGAUAAGCACCAAGCAAUGAGGAAAUGAGUACAGAUAAAGACCAUCACAUGAGCAAUAAGAAAGAUAUCUUUUUUUUAUGAUGAUUAUGGGAAAAAAAAAAGUGCAAGACACUCAGCGCAUUCUGUCAAACAUGUCAGAUCUCCUAUUUUUCUAUCAAUCUCUAUUUUUGUACAGUUUGCGUUUGGCUGAUGUAGCAGGCAGAUUCAAAGCUGUGUAGUUGAGUAUUUUGUGGUGUGUGCGAAUUUGUGAUUUAUUUUCUCUGCUGAAGAGCAGUGCAGGUGGACAUGGCGGCUAUGCUGAGAUGCAGAUUUAGCUUGUGUUCAUUGUAUGCGUGCUCUGAGCUGUUUCAUAUGGGGUUUUAUGUUGCUCUAAAGAGAUUGUUUCACUGUUCUACUUGUUUUUAACUGCUGUCCUGUUUGGGCAUGAAAAUAAUGAUCUGAUAAUUGUAUCCAAGUUGACAAACUUGAGAAUUAAAAAGCAAAAAAAAAGACCAGCAGACAAGAGUUGUUCAAUUCAGUUUUUUGUUAUUCUCACACUACUUGCCAUAACAAUCUGCAUGACAUUGUUUUAGACGUUUUACCUUAUUGAACCUCAGUUCAGCCGAGGUAUAUAGCUCUGGCAUUUAGCGGUUUUGUGCCCAGGCUUUGACAGACAGAGGAAAAGUCUUCAUUAGGUCAACGUCCCGAGAUGCUCGCACAAUGCCAGCGGAUGAAUGCUGCUGCCAGCAUGUGUCAGCUGAACCUGACGGGUUUCCCCUCCAAGAGACGUCACAACGAGCGUCAGCAGCCGUCGUUUCAUCGUUUGCCAGACCUCAUUAGCUGAGACUGUUUGCAACAGCAGGUAGAUGCCAUGUACAUGCACAGACCUUACUACCAGCAGAGCCUUGGUCCCCAGUGACACAUGGCAACUGAUUAAGUAGAUUGGCUCCAGGUCUGCAUUAAUCGAAUCCCUCGGCCUCCAGAUGUCACUUUCCCUACUGACAUUGAGGGAAAUAUCUUCCUUAGUCUCUCUUUCAUGUUUAUUUGCUUUCUUCCGUCUGUCUCUAUGUUACCCUGCCUUAUUCUCCAUUUCUUUUUAACUUUUACUUUAAUUUCUUUGGCCAACACACUGCUUUUUAUAGGCUGCUGUGUGCAAGGCAGAUGUUAGUUUAGUGACACUGAGUACAC